AGGAAUCAAUCAAUGGGUCCACCUGAACAAUCUGCAGUACUGUUUCUUUCGGAAAAGGCAUUAUAUGACUUCUUUUACAUUUGGAUGGAACAAUUCGGUUGGCCGUAAGUUAAGAUUUCCGACUUUCUACUUUGUCCCAAAUGCAGCAGAGUAGACUUUGCCUUGUUGUGAUGAUGAUGUAUAACUGUAUCAUCAACAGUAGUUUCAUUAACUGCAAUGUCUGCAUAUAUCCUGGGUUUGGACUUGGGCACCACGUCGGUAAAAGCCGUUUUAUUAGAAACUGUCUCCAGAACGGUGGUUGCUAGUCAGUCUUUGCCAACUUCGUCUGAUAUAAUUGACCAAAGCGGGAAAAAGGCGAAAGAGCAGGACACUGGCCGGAUCAUUGACACUGUGAACCGGUGCAUCGGCCUGCUGCCCCGAGACAAACUGCAGCAUGUCAGCAGCAUCGGGCUGUCCGGACAGAUGCACGGGGUUUUAUUCUGGAAAGCAAAACGCGGUUGUAAUUGGUCCAAGAGGGAUUUCUUCACAGCCAGAGACACCAGUCAGCUGAUCACCUGGCAGGAUGGGCGCUGUAGCAGCAACUUCCUGUCCUCACUUCCAAAUCCAGACUCACAUCUCAGCGUGGCCACAGGCUUUGGCUGUGCAACAAUCUUCUGGUACAUGAGAAACAGGCCAGAGUUCCUCGAGGACUUCACAGUUGCAGGUACCAUCCAGGACUACGUGGUGUCCAUGCUGUGUGGUCUGGACGGCUGUGUGAUGACGCCCCAGAAUGCAGCCAGCUGGGGCUACUUCAACACCUCUACCAACCAGUGGAAUACAGACAUUCUGAAGGGGGCCGGCUUCCCUUUGGGCCUGCUUCCUCAGUGUGUGCCAUCUGGUGGCUGGGCGGCACAGACGUGCUCUGACUGGCAUGGUAUCCCUGCUGGAACACCAGUAGGGGCCGCCCUUGGAGACUUCCAGUGCUCGGUAUACUCCUGCAUGAGUGCCAGAACAGACGCAGUUCUUAACAUAAGCACCUCAGCCCAGCUGACCUUCGCCUUGCCAGCUGACUUCAAACCUCCAGAUUCUCCUCAGCCUGCGUCCUCCAUCUCCUACGUUCCCUACUUCGAGGACUCGUACUUGGCGGUGGCAGCUUCACUAAAUGGAGGGAAUGUACUGGCUACAUUUGUGGAGAUGCUCACUUCCUGGAUGAAAGAGCUUGAGAUGAGUGAUUCCUGUUUAUAUGAGAAGCUGAUUAAUUGCGCCCUGAAUCAGGAAACGAGCGAGCUGUCGGUGAGUCCCACUCUCUUGGGGGAGAGGCACGACCCCCUCUGCCUGGGCCAGGUCACCAACAUCUCCCCUACCAAUCUGUCUCUGGGUCACGUGACCAGGUCGCUGUGCCGCGGAGUUCUACACAACAUCACGUCAAUGUUGCCUGCUGAGCGUCUGCAGCAGGCGGGGGUCUGCCGGAUUGUGGGCAGUGGGAGCGCCAUUGCCCGCAAUGAGGUGCUGAGGCAGGAGGUGGAGAAGGCGUUUCCUCAACCGGUGGUGUACGGACAAAACGCAGACUCUGCUGUCGGCGUAGCCAUGGUCCUCUGUGACCUCAUGAGAGACGCAUACAUAAUCAAGUGAACAUUAUAGGUUACUUAUUUAAUCGCUCGUUUGGUAAAAAUCAGGAAAACUGAAAUGGUACAACAUAUUUUGCUCUGAAUCUAAAAGCAAAAUCUGGGAAGAUUCCAAAGCCUUAAGAAUUUUCCAGCUUGUAUUGUUCUGUGAGGUUUUUAGACUUUUAGGAAUCAAAGAUCGAAGCUACCAAAUGAUACAUGCUGGCUCAUACCAACUGCUUCUUGAAUGCAGCUAAAAUCUCCUUUCAACAUUGAAUUUAAUUCCAUUACCUGUCAUUUCUGGGUCUAAUAAGCAGUGUUUCAGAUAACAUGAUGUCUGAUAAGGAUUUUAAAACAUAAGUCCGUUGCAAAGAUGCUCAUCAUUCAUUAGAAAAAAACUAAUGUUAAAGAGCAAAUGUAUUCAAAGACAGCUACCUAUGUAGAACUGUGUGCAAAGAAUUAAAAAAACACAUUGUGUUAUCACUUGGUUUUCACUCCUUGCUUUCUGCAUUAGCGCAGCUGCAGUAACAGUUGAAAGCAACGAGUUCAUUCUCUUUCCCUCCAUGUUGCUGAAAGGUGUUAUGAAGUGUGAGGUAGAUUGAAAUCACAGCACCGCUGGAAUGCUUUGAAAACAACAGAUGUAUGAUCUAUUAUAAGAUCUAUUUGUUUGAGUGUGAACUGCUUCUUUUAAAGGGCCAGUGUUUAUAUUUAGGGCAUCUUUAAGAAGAACCCUUGGCUUAGAAUUAGGCUCUCAUAUCAUUCUAUGGGGCCUACUAAAGUGAAUAAUACUGUAGGAUUUUUUUCCCCCCAGAAAGCUUAAUGGUCUUACGAUAAGGUUUUCUAAUCAUUCCUCUGAAGGCUGCUCAUUCACUGUCGCUCACUUUUAUCUAACAAGGUCUGGAUUUAGAUUUAUGAUUACGGUUCUUCCUUGGCUGUUUCUUCAUUUAAAGUCUUUAUCUUCAAUGUUUUACUUCUGCUACUCACUAAGUGGGUUAAUGUCCUUGCAUUUUGUCCCUUUUAUGUGGAUUUUAUAAACCGUUGUUAUUUUCGUCA